CAACAAAUGACAUGUCUGCUUUUGUCAACGACAGCCGAGCGAGUCAGACAGUCGUUUCGUGUGGUUUGCCUGUGGUGCUAGCCAGCCAGCAACAACCAACCGCCUGAAUGUAGAUCCGCAUGGGCUACUACUACUCUUUCUCUCCGAAUAACCCAGCGGAAUCAUAAGAUAAGGAUCCCAGGAUGGUCUUAGUGCAUGUCGGAUAUCUGGUUCUUCCUGUAUUCGGCUCAGUAAGAAACAGAGUAUGGAGGCUGGCUCUACAUUCUGCAUUUAUCAGAUCUUUGUCGUCCCCCCCAUUGUGUAGCUAAUGAUCAUCUGCUGCUGUGUGGUGUGGCGUGGCCUCUGCCUGUUCUCUGCAUUUAGCUGUAUUGUGAAUCCCUUCUUCAUUUCCUCUUUCCAUCAGAAGACGACAUUGGUAUUAAAAAGCACUCCCCUCCCAAGAUGUAUUCAGCCAUAGACUUUCCAUGUUAAGCAGACUAAAACAAUAGCUAACACCUAGAUAAGAGCACCUUUUUGUCUUUUUUUCUGUCAAAUUGCUGUAGCACUGAGUAAACAUUUAGCUCCUUUUUUAGAUUAUCAGUUGAAUGUCAUUGUGUACCUCCCAUCCAGUCUUGAUAGACAACAUGCUGUAAAUUCCUGUAAAGUGGAUACAUUUUGCAUGAUCUUAAAUACUGCACUGCAUUGUUGAACACCAGAAUUUGGCUCAUCUUCCUUCUCUUCACACAAGGUGCAAUGUACAUGAUUAAAGUGACCUAUUGGGAAAAAAAAACAUUGAAGCAUGCAAAUUGGAAUCAUAUGCCUGCCAUUAUUUAUGUUAAACUCAGCCUGCCAGCGAAUGCUGUCAUCUGAUCAUUUGAAAUAACUGAAGGUACACUGCACCUGCACACAACAACCUGCCAUAACUGUCUCCAUUUUUGUGUAAUCCUUUUGUUCCCCUUUUGCAAAUUUCAAGCUUUGAAUCACACUGAAUUGUCAGGGCUUUUUGGCCCUUAUGGGCCAAAUGAAUCUCUAAACAUUUUAAUCAAGCAAAACAUGCUCACUGGUGGUUCAUCACUUCCCAAUUUUCCCCACUAACAUGAGGCCAAAAUGCUAUCCAUUUCACAGGGAUGCCUAUUUUCCUGCACUGCUAAAGAGAUCCUCUAUUAGUAAUAACGUCUUUAUUGUUUGGUUGUGGUCUCUCUUUACCUUUUGUUCUGGUAAUAGUACUUUCAAUGCAUGGUCACAUUUAUGAUUCAUAAUUUUUUGGUUUUUGUUUUUCUACAUUGACUAGUGAAAAUCCAAUGUAAUCUUUCUGUAGUAAAGAUGUACCCUGCUGUACUUGAAUCAUGUGCUGUAGCCAACACGUCUGCUCAUUGGAUGCCGCUUUUGUUCUUUUUAACCCUAUAUGGAGCAUGGUGGGCCUUGCCUUCAGUCUAUGUUGUUUAUUUUUGUUGCAUGGAUUUAUACUAUUAUUACAAACAAACAAAAAAAGAAAAAUACCACAAAUUCCACAUUUACUAAUAUUUUUCAAUAAAGAAUAUAGUGUUUUUCCUAACCUUCAGUGUGCUUCUUGCUGAUUUCCAUUUAUUGUCCUCCCUCUCCCUUGUCCCUACCUGCCCCCCCUCCCCUUUCCCCUCCCCUCCACCCCCCUCACCCCCUCCUCUCCCGCUGUGACAAAGAUAGACAAUUUCCACGCUUCCUCCAUCACAGGGCCUGAAUGAGUCUAUCUGCUGUCAUUCAUGGUGAUCGUUUUUCACUGAGACGCUUGAAAACGCAGUCUGCUCCUUACUUACAGUCUAGACUUGAGCUUUUGACCCAUGGCAACAAGGUCAUCUCAUGUCUGCCCAGCUACACCAAUGACUUGUCAGGCUGAAAAUAUUGCCUGAGAGACAUACUUUUUUUUCUUGCUUGGGUGUGUUUAAAAAGCACACUGGGUUUUUCAAGCGUACUCCUAGUAAAUGCAAUGUAGAAUUUGCCUUUUCCUCAUAACUAUAAAAGAAUUACCACUGUUAAUAGAGAAAUCAUUGCUUUUUACAUGGUAAAAGUUGGUUAAAUCUAAUCUUUGAACUGGAAAUUUCAUUUUUAAGAACUAUAUUUUAAUAUGUAAACAUGAAGGUUUCUGUACACUCACUGCUUUGUUACAGUACAAUGAAUCCUGUUCCACUGCAGGCCUGUUAUGGCUUUUUAUCUAGCAAAGAUUUCCUCAAAAGUGUCUAACCAAAGCUAAAUCUUUCACGGGAAUUUUUCAGCCUGUCAUUAAACAGAGAAGUCUUUUUAAGCUUAAGCACAGUAUUAAAACCAUAUUGUGCCACAGCACAAGUUAGCCUCUUAUUCUCCCCACUGAGUCUUCACAGCAGUCUGCUUGCUGCAGAUGCCAAAUAGCUGUGGUUGGAAAGAAAAAAAAAAGCAUCUGAGCUAUUUCCUCUUAACUCCUGAAUGUUAACAGGGGAAGAAAAGUAGAGCUAUCAAGCAUGUGUAAGGCAUAAAUAACUAAAGUUUCAGCAAAGAAGUAAUAUAAAGGUAUUGCCUGGUUCAAUUUUGAAGAAAUUGUUCUUUACAGUUAUAUAGAUAGAGACUUGGCACUUCCAACAGAUUAAUGUGUGCAACACAGACAGCCAGGUACUAAAGGUUUACUGCGAGUGCACUGACCCACUGUCAGCUGCAGAAUUUACAAGUUCUGCGGUGAAGACCAUAGAUUUCAUCUGUUCUGAUCCAGUUCGCUUGUGAAUCAGAAGACCAGGAGUCGAUCCAGAGGUCGGAAACACAGAUAAAGAAUAAAAGCUUGUGCGCAGGACCAAAAAAUAUGGUCGUCAUGUUCAUGGUACUUGUGGUAACCAUCAUUUCUCACCCCCCCACAGAAGUAUUUUUCACCCUAGGUAAGAGGUAGGGCUUCAUUAACAUGCUUUAUCAAACACAGUGACACCACAUUUCACCCACAAUUAAUUCCAACUAAUUUCUCCCCUCAGGCGCCUGACUUCUUCUCCUUAUCCUCCACAGGAUCCCAUUUCAACCGGCAACAGCAACAGCAGCAGCAGCAGCACAGCCAUGCUACCUCUUGCCGGCACUUCCAGUUAGGUCCUCAGGCCCCGCUGCCCAUGGACUUCCCCAUGCCCCAUCCAGGGCAGCCACAGUCAGGCAUUAACCCCCACCUGGCCCCUCCUGGCCACCAGCAUGGCCCUCCGCUCCACCCUCCCCUCAAUCCCCUGCCCGCCCCUCAAUUCCAGGACAUCCCUGCCCCUCCCUUCCUACCUCAGGCAUUACACCAGCAAUACCUCCUCCAGCAGCAGAUUCUCGAGGCUCAGCACCGACACAUCCUGCCACCCUCCAGCAGACGCACCCCAGAGAGAGUUCCUCACCAGCCCCACAGACUGCGGCCAGGCUAUGAGUUUGCCCCCCCUCUUCAUGUCCCUCCUCAGCCUGUGGUGCAGCAGCCCCGAUACCUGGCAGAGGGCACAGACUGGGAUCUGAGUGUAGAUGCUGGGCUGCCUCCCCACCAGUAUCACAUCCACCCGCUGCCGCAGCACUAUCAGCACUACUUGACCUCUCCUAGGAUGCACCACUUCCCCAGAAACAAUGCCUCAACACAAGUGGUCGUCCAUGAGAUCAGAAACUACCCAUAUCCCCAGUUGCACUUGCUGGCUCUGCAGAGUCUCAAUCCCUCGCGCCACGCGUCUGCUGUUCGAGAGAGCUACGAGGAGCUUCUGCAGCUGGAGGACAGACUUGGCAGUGUAAAUCGUGGAGCUGUUCAAACAACCAUAGAGAGAUUCACUUUCCCCCACAAGUACAAAAAGAGAAUACCCCAGGACCUGAAGAUGUGUCUGGAUGAUGAGGAGCUGGACACAGAUGAGAAGUGCACCAUUUGUCUCUCAAUGCUGGAGGACGGAGAGGAUGUCAGGAGAUUACCCUGCAUGCACCUCUUCCACCAGGCGUGUGUGGACCAAUGGCUGGCCACCAGCAGGAAAUGCCCUAUCUGCAGAGUGGACAUUGAGACCCAGCUGACUCCGGACAGUUGAUAGCUCCUGUCAACUCCUGCAGCUUUGGAUCUGGAUCUCGUUCAUUUUCCGUCGCCUCCCUCUGGGAGGGGGAAGCUCUGCCAAACCGCCCCUCUUCCCCCUCUCCGCAUCACUCUACAAGCCUGCCUUCUGAGACAGCUGUGAUGGAGAGAUCAACAAAGCACACUCACAACGAGGGAUGGGGGGUUGACGCAUGGAAAGGUGGGCUGGACUGAAGGUUGGUUGAAUGGACUUUUGGAUGUAAAAGGCAGGAGGCGCAGACAUGUAUGGACAGAUGUGCUGAGGCUUCACACCAAUCUGUCAGAUUGUGUUUCCUGUGUACAUUUCUCCAUACAGCACAGAGAGAGUACACUCUGACUGACUUCCAACCUGUGUGUGUUGUAUUAAGGCCAUUUCUCUGCCACUACAUCUAAACCCUUUCCCCCGCAGGCCUGUGAAAAAUCCUUUAAGCUGCACUCUGCCCAAGCCCUCAGCACAUCUGUACAGAACAAUUUAAAAUGAUUAGCAUGAGGUUGUUUGGUGUGAACUCUUGUAGCUGAACGCUUGUGGUGUAAUGGAGUGUAGUACUGACAAAGUAUUUACAGAGUAACAGUGUUGUGUAGCAAGCAAAAGCCUUUUGUGAAAAAUAAUCCUUCAAAGAGGGUGAGCACAGCUCUAGGAGAAUCUUCAGUGUGUUAAAUCAACGAGGAAAGAGCUAGUUGUGUUAAAAAGGCCAAAAAUCCCUCUUUCUUGUCUAACAUGGUUUGUGGAUUUACAGUUAGUAGAUGCCAUCAGAGUUGAUGCUAACCCGCUAACUGCAGGCAUGGCUUCCAGUGAUCUGUGUAGUGUCGUAGUCAGGCCUCUAUAAUCUAGAGCAGAGGCCUCAGAUGUGCAUGCUGUAUGGCAGGCUUGGGCUGUGUCGUUAAUAUUGUGGAGCAGUAGAAAACAGGGACUAUGUCUGUGCAUGUGAACCGUAUACUAUGACUCUGACGAUCCCACUCAUUCAUAGAGGAGGACAAGAAUGCACCCAAUACCCCCCCUCACCUACCCGCACCCCCAUCCCUACUCAUCAAGAGUAGACCAAAGUUGCCCUUAGACACCGAUCUCACACCGAUGUAGCAUUUCUCUCCUGAUACUCGAGGUUUCAAGGAUUCAAAGAGCUGCUAGCAGAUCCGUGUCUAACUGCAACUCCUCUGUGUUGCCUCGCUCCUGUCAUGGCGCGAUCAUGACAAGAGAGGCCGGCAUGGGCUUGAGGAUGCAGUGCCUGAGUCUUGCCAUCAGAGUGAGUAAAAUCUGACAUUUGUAUGACCUUUUACCUGAACCUUAUUGCCUAUCGAACAAGCACAUGUGAUUUCUAUACACAGUGAAUCGCCUCUGUCGUGUAUCGGCUCCUUUUCAUUUCAAUCUAGGUUGUUGCUCCUGCUGUUUGAUAAAAAACUGUGUCUGGUGUUACAGGGAAAAUACAAACUAGUUUGCCUGUGAUAUUUGCUAGAAUGUGUAUGAUUGUCCCCCACCCCCUCCCCCCCAUGGUAGUAGUGUAUGGUAUUGCUAAAACAACUGUGAUCUGUUCAGUGAUAGAAGCCGUUUUCUCUUUAUCAUGCAUGAACCAUGUCGGCGUAGUUCACUUGAAGGAGGGUGAAAGGGAGAAAAAGCCAUCCAUUUGAAAAAUACCAAACAAUUGUUCUUAACAUUAAUUUUAUUUUAAUUGUCUUUAUUUUUCUGCCAUUGUUUUCUUUUCCUUAUUACUUGUACUUUUUUUUGCUCACAUGCCAAUUUGGACAUGGUACUAAUAUGCCAAGUCCCUGUCCAUUUUAACCAUAGUGAAGAAAAAGCUGCAAUGCUGCAAAAACAUAUUUAUUGUUGUUCUAAUGUAGCUUGUGUUUUGUAAAUGCACUAUAAUAUGGAGUUGCCUGAUUUUUGGUUUGGUGGUGUGGGUUCUUCUUGUCCUAGAUUUUGUGUUUCUAUUCAGUUACGAGUAUUUUCAUGCUUCCUUGUGUAUUAUUGGAGGGUAACUUGACUGUUUGUGUUGCGUUUUUUCUUUUUUCUUUUUUGUGUGUGAAACCUCCAUCCAAAAAACUACAGAUGGAUGAACAUGGAGGUUUGCUAGUUCACAUAGAAUGCUGUGAUUAAAGAUGCCUUAAGUAUUUAACAAUCAUUAUUUAUUACUAACUGUAGCUAGCUAGCUAUCGUGGUGGAAUAUUUAAUGUCUCUAUCUCAUAACUUUGCAAUUUAAUCAAUAUAUUUAUUUAAAAUAACACAAAAUAUUAAAAAAAGAAUACCUCAUUAUGCAUUGGUCGGUGGGGAUGCUUCUGCAUGCCGUCUGUGUUUUCUUUUCAAAGGAGAAAAAAAGAAACGUGUUGAAAAUUUGACUUUGGGGGCCGGGUUGUUUCCCAACACAUUUUCUAGCCAGCAUGGUGCUGUUGAUCUGGAUUACAUUCCAUUCAUAUCACCUGUUUGUUUCAAUAUGAACAUGUUUGUGUUUUAUUAUAACAUCCCUGCUUUGAUUUAAAGCAGAUUAAAGGGACUAGAACCCCUUUUCGUCUUAGUACAGCUCCACAAUUAGCUUGCUUUUGUUAUACAACACUGCUUUUUUUUCAUAAUCAGUCAUAUUUUAUUAUUCUUUAUUUUAAGAUGACCAUUUCAUGAUAUUCCAUUAUAUCUGGAUCUCAAUUCAGUGCUUCUUACUCUUAUUUAGGACCCACAUAAUGAGCGGUAUUAAUUUGUUCUUUUGUAUUGCUUGCAAUAGCUUUGUGCGGGGUUUUGGGAAGUAUCUAACAUGCUAACUUGAGCCAUUGGUCUUAUUGAGCAAAUUUCUGGUGUACUGUGGUUAUACAAUAUAGAUAGCGUGUUUUACACCUGGGUAUAAUAAGCUAACUAUGUUUUAGGUGUGCAUUUCUUAUUAAUACUCUACUAAUCCUGCAAAUGAAUAUAACAUGUAAUGGAUUGGAAUGACGCUGGCUGGUCUUACUCUGAUUAUUAUGAUUUCAUUUCGUGCUCUCACUGGCCUUACCCCACGUCCUCCACAGUGUACCCCAUUUACUCCAGAGCGAACUGGACAGUAGCCAUAGUAUUAACUCAAGCUGAUGAACCGGAAUGAACAGUAGAACUUAAAGCACAAGCUUUUUAAUGCAUGUCCUUCUCAGGUUUUCCUAUGUGUAUGUGGGAGUAGCUCUGUAGACGUGUUUAAUAUGAUGCUGUACCUUCUUGAAUAUUUCAGAUGUUUCUUUGCUGCUGAAAAAAUGUUGAUUAUUAACCUGCCAGUGAAAAAGGGAUGUGGCCAUCUUUGUACAACACACUGCUGUUUUGCUGUAACCGCGCAAUGUUUUAUGAUCUUGAGUAUUUUAUAGAAAAGUAGAAGUAUGUAUCAAUAAUAUGAAAGCAAUAGCUAAAUCAUAAUGAAGAAUAACAUGAUCAGUGAAUAUUGUGGAAAUCUUUAGAUUCACUCUGGGUGGAUUUUGUACUGUAUUUAUUACUAAUGAUGAUGCAAAAAGUUGCAUAGCUUAACCCAAACUGUUCUGUCUCUUUUUUAUUUAUUGUCUUGUAUAUGAUCUUUUUGUAUGUGUUUUUCAAAUAAACUGCCUAAAAUGCUGACAA